AAAUAAUAUCUAGCAUCGAUAUUCGUUAAUUUUCAUUUUAAAAAAAUGACUUCAAUAUUUGUGAUUAAAACGUAAAACCAUAGAUUAUUACUAUAGUACUAUUCAUAAAAACGUUGUAUUUUGUAUACUUCUAGAUUAAACACAUAUUAAGUCUAUUGUCUAUAAUAUAUCUUAGUCAGUUUCACGGUUAAAGAACAACAGUCAACAACCGUGGCGCACUGAACAUUAAACACGUGUGUUGAGCGUCGUAGUGUCGUGAAUUUCCAAUAUCAUUACAGGAUCGUCGAGAGUUCCCGAUUUGUUCCAGAUGCAAGAUUACAAGUUACCAUAACGUCAAUAACAGUUAACAACCAUCGGUCAUCAGUCGUCACUCAAUUCUCAAGACUACGUGCACGUCAUAAUCCAUUCGAAUCAUUCACAAUGACUGAUGACGACACUACUGAGCUUCCGCCCAAUGUGCUCAGUAUACUCAAGACGGCGUCGGAAGAAAUAUUGAAUAAACAGGAUGGAUACUGUUUUACGGUGGAUAACUCACCCACGAAAGACGCUAACGAUACAUUUUCUUAUGAUGCAGCCGAAAUGGCUGAAUUUAUUAACUUCGAUAUGAUUGGAGAGGAAGAUGACAAUCUGGAGUCUUUUAACCACCUCAUUACUAAUAAAAACCACGAAGAUCUUACUGGCGAUCGCAAGGUAUUAAAAAUAUUACUGGAACAAGGAAUCGGUCAAGUUGUCCCAGAAAACUAUGUAGUUUUUAUACAUUAUAUUGCUUAUAUAUCAAACCUUCAAGAACCAUUUGAUGUAACAUAUAUUCAAGGAAGGCGGCCUAAACGUUUUACAUUGGGUAACGGUGAACUCUUACCAGGAUUAGAAAUAGGUAUAAAAACAAUGACUACGGGUGAAAACGCAAGGUUUAUAAUAAAGCCAGAAUUGGCUUACAGAGAAUUCGGAUGCCCGCCUCGCAUACCACCAAACGCAACUAUUCUAUUUGAUGUCCAUCUUGUUUCAUUUUUAUCGCCUGAAAGUAUUUUAACCUAUGAUAGGGAAAACCGUGAUCCUAACUUAUUUAAUAAAACUCUUGUACAAGUUAAAAAAUUGCAUCAUGAAGCUAAUGAACAAUUUAAACUUAAAAAAAUAGAAAAAGCUAUAUUUAAAUAUAACCGGGCUCUGGAACUGCUACAUCUAGCUGGGUGCAAAAAUGACAAUGAGGAAAUAGAAAUGAUGAAAUAUUUGAAUAAGCUUUAUACAAAUUUAAGCUUAUGCUAUUUAAAGCAAUGUGCUUUUAAUAAAGUAUGUCGUAUGGGUAUAGAAGCAAUGAAAUAUUCAGAAAGAUUUUCUAAACGAUCUGCAAAAUUAUUUUUCAACUGGGGAAAAGCAUUACGUUUACUUAAGGAUUUUACAGAAGCAAAGAAAAAGACUCAAAUUGCAUUGAAACUUGAACCUCAGAAUGAAACAAUACAUAAUGAAAUUCAUAAAUUAGAAAAGGAUAAAGAAUUUCAUCAUAACAUUGAGUUAAUUACAUUUAAAGAUGACAACAUAGCUGAUGAUAAUGAAAGGGUGGCUCCUGAAUUUUGGGAAGUAUUCAAUACUAGUUUAAUUGAGUUUUAUAAUGGUAAUGAUGAUGUAUUAACAGUUAUGUUAAACAAAAACCCAGAUGAUAUUGAGGUAGUCAAAAAUAAAGCAAGUGCUUAUGACCUUCAAGUUCAUAUUAUCACAAAAGGCGGUGUUCAGACAAAUUGUAUCGCAAUUCAAAAAUAACUAAUUGUUUAAUUUAAUUUAAUUUCUAAAUUA